AUGAUAGAUACAAGUAAGUUUAAAUUAAAUUAUAAGUCGUGUUUAGUAUUUUUUAAGAAGGAAGAAGAACUGAAGAACCUGAAGGACGUAUUUAGGAGACUGGUCGCACUGGACAUAUACUUUGACAUCAAAAGUAGCCAAAACAGAAAAAACGAAGCGAAAAUAGAAAAAAAGGGAACGAAGAACAGCAAUUUAAGUGCCGGGGAGGCGACGGUGAGUGGAAACGGAGUCUCCCUGAGUGAAUGCUUCGAAAACAGUAGUGCAACCGAUAACGCCGAGGGCGAGGGAGCCGAGGAGGAUAACUCCAUCUUUUCAAACGACCAGGCCUUCAGCGAGCUGAACAGCAACAGGACUAACCUGGAGAGCUUCUCGGGGCAGACAGAGGGGGAGGAAGACCUGGAAGGCGGCGAGUGCUUCGUCGAGCACAUCUUCAACGACCUGGCCAACUUGAUAAGGGUGAAGAAGCUGUACUACUGCUUCUUCAAGGACCCGCUUGUGCAGUACAUUGUGAAACAGUACAAAACUCACAGAGAGGACCUCUAUGCCUUGUACAAAAAGUACUUAAACUACGUCAACGAGCGCAUCCAACUAGAUCAAGGUGAAAUUUGCGAAUCCUUGAAGAGAAACUUACUGUGCAACCUGAACCAGGACUUUGGCCAGGUGAACAUUGUGAAGGUUUUAAAAAACGAAGUGAACGAACUCGGCAAGGAGCUCAACGGCCUAAUAAUAAACUACUACGAUUCGAGGAUAAAUUUAAGCGAGAUUUACUAUUUGAUGGAGUACUACAACCUUGACAUGGAAUCGUUGUCAAUAGACAUCAACACUGUUCAGUAUGGACUUAGAAUGGACGGGCCAGUGAAGGAGUACUUCAGCAAUGAAGAUUUUGUAAACAAGCUGCUGCAUCAGUUGACUGAAAACGGCGACAAUGAGCCAAAAACCAACUACAAACAGUUCUACAACCUAGUAGUUUACACCGCAAACAUUUUUAACCGGAAUAAAUUGGACAAUAGCAAUAAUAUCAGCAGUGGGAACAACACCUAUGUCAAGGACAAUAGUGAACGCAGAAAAAUAAUCAACAAUCUUCUAUUUAAGAACGUGUAUGGAAUCGAAAACAAUAUAAAUUUGGGCACUUUAUAUAAAUUGGAGCCAAUUCCUUUUUAA